AUGACGACCGAUGAUCCUGCAAGCGCCGGCGGCGGCACAUAUCCUCGCACAACGGAAUCGAACGAUACACACAGUCACAUCCAGGACCCGUCUUAUCUCGAUCAACAAGUCCUUGAUUCGCUUCUUGGGCUAGCUUCCGGUCAGCCGGAGGGAAGCAGCUUCGGCGGCGGAAAUCCGCCUCCGUGGGCGGAAACGGGCGCCACCGGGUCCGGCACUGCGUAUCCCGGGUUGAACGCCGAAACCUCCGGUCACAUUUGGAGCGGCCAUAUGGCGUCCACUGAUUCGAUAUCCCACGAGAACAAUGUAGCUUGGCUCGGCAACGAUAUUUCAUACGAACCCGAGGAUCCAGCCCGUGAGCUCAGCAAUCUCCAGUGGCCGCUCCCUGGACCGGUAUCGAGGCCUUCAGACAACAUCAACUGGUCCGAAGCCAUCGAUCAACAGGAAUUUCCCGGCAGACGCAGCCUCCCUCGAAGGAGGAGCCGAUAUCGAUAUAUGCAAUCAGAGCAGAGAGCCGUUCCGAUCCCAAUAUCCGCCUCGCCCUCGUCUCCCCAAGAGUCGGGCCCGUUGCAACGCUGGAAGGAUUCUCCGCCUCAAGACGAGCCGGCGACUAUGUCGGCCAUAUUUGAUGCUAUCAGGUCGCCUCGAGCUCAUCUUGAAGGACCCACGGAGUGCUCCCAGCCAGCCUACUCUCGAGUCCACUCUGGCACAAGUGCAGACAGUGGCGGCAGUAGCUCUUCGAUGCAGUCUGCAGGUUCUGCGUGGUCUGGAAUAUCAGAAGCGUCCAGAGGUCGGCGUGCUGGAUUUGGUCCGCUAGGCCGCGUCCGCCAGGGUCGUGUUGGAAAGAAGCGUAUCAGUGCCGUGACGAAAGACAGUCGUCCAUUCAAGUGCACUUUCUGUUGCGACAGCUUCAAAACGAAGUACGACUGGGCUCGACACGAGAAAUCGCGACAUCUCAACUUGGAGUCCUGGGUAUGUGCUCCUCGAGGCGGAUCGGCUGUGUCAACAGUAACGGGUCGACCUCAUUGUGCGUACUGCAGCGCCAUAGACCCUUCAGACGAGCACUUGGACGAGCACAACCACAGCACCUGUCAUGACAGGCCGAUUGAAGCUCGCUCCUUUGGUCGAAAGGACCAUCUUGUUCAGCACUUGCGCGUCAUGCACAAGCUGGAAAAGCUGCCGCGCUUCGAUGACUGGAAAGUCCAGUCUGCAGAAAUCACGUCCCGGUGCGGAUUCUGCGAUACGCCGCUUCCUACUUGGAGCAAGAGAACCGACCACCUUGCAGGACACUUCCGGAAAGGCAUGACGAUGAGGGACUGGAAAGGAGAACAUGGCUUCACGCCCGAGGUCGCCAAAGAGGUCGUUCAUGGGUUGCCCCCGUAUCUCAUCGGAUCCGAAUCGUUGAGUGUCGUGCCUUUCUCGGCUACCAAACAAGGGACUAAAGACCACUUUGCUCAGAUUUUAUCACGGACACAUGGGUACGAGGAAGCCCACUCCAGCACCACCGACUUAGAGACGUCAACCCCUCUCCCUUCACCAUCCGUUCUUAGUUCGAGAGCCGCAACUUCGAAAGCGUUCACGGAGAUACUCGAGCGCCAUCUGAAACACUUCUCCGACGAACAAAUUGCGCAAGGACUGGUUCUUACGGACGAGAUGCUGAGACAGGAGUCGAGACGGGUUAUUUACGAUAGCGACGACGGCUGGAAUACGAGUUGUGCGGAUGACGGGUUUUGGCUGGCCCAGUUUCGGAGCCGCUAUGGUCUUGAUGAAAGAAAUGAUGGCCAAGAUAAGAAUACACAAGAAAACUGA